UCAAGGUGUUGCUGCUCCAAUUGGUAGAGGAAACAACCAAGCUGAUCGUGAGCGUGAGAAUGGAAAUGUUGAAACACAAAAUCGCAACGAUUUGGACUCGGAUUCAGAAGACGAGGAAUAUUUUCCAGUGGGUACCCAAAUGCCACAGCCAACCAAGACCAAAGAAGAAGACGAACUGUCGGCUACAAUUCCAUUUCUUUUGCGAGAAAACCAGGAUCGCUAUUAUCCAAAAUCUGAUGUCACAAUCCGUGAAUCAAUUGUUGAUACUUUGCUGCUAUGGAAUCGAAUGCCACUUUACAACAACAAGGAAAACGACUUCAUGUUCGUCCAGUUUAUGCUGAUCGAUGUAUUUGGUGGAGUUCAACUCUCAACUUGUGACCUUUCGGCCCAUCAGACAAAGUUGCGAUUUGUCAAAGAACUUUUGGCAAUUCGUGUGAAGGACGAUGUUCUCCGAAUGAAAAACUUUGAUGCGUAUGCAACACGUAUUAUGCAACAAUUCAAGGAAAAAUCUGAAUUAGAUAAAUAAUUCUACAUCUUUUGAACUUCUUUGAUGAUAUUCUUAAAACUUCUGAAAUUUCGAGAGUAUUUUACUUGAAAAUAUGUACAAAAUAGGUUGUAAUGCCUUCAUUUAAUUGAAAGU